GAGACUGGGGUGGGCAAACAGCAUGCAGUACCACCGUCCAUCCAGACGAGGGCGCUGUUGUGCUCUGUAUGAUCUUUGAGAACAUGGUGGUGGAUCAGCAGCCAGUCAAGACAGCAGGAUAACAACACAGCAGAGAUCACUUAUCUUCAAGAACUGGGCUUUUUUUUUUAAUAUAUAGGGGAUUAAUACAUGCAAAGAUAACUUCCUAAUCUUCUGGCACACCACGAGAGAGAAAAACAAACCCGGAUUUGACCACUGUGUCUUGUUUUUUGGGGGGAAACAAGCACUGAAGGUGGAGCUUUUGCUGGACUCGUAUUGCCUUCUAGCUGGCUGGCUCACAUGCAGCUUGUAAGUGUUUGGAUUUGCACAAAAACGGGGACAUAUCGAGCUGGAUUUUUGCAUUACAUCGACAUCCAUCUAUUUGCAUGCAGCUUUUAAAAAAAAAAAAAAAAAAAAAAAGAAAAAGGCAUGCGGGCUUCUCCUCUGGAGGACACAGCUGCUUAACCGACUCCUGUCGCGUCUGGGAGCCGAACUCGAGGCGCUUUCGCUCGGCCUGAGGACACACGCGAUGCCGGGGAUUGAGCUCGGCCUAAGCUCAGGAAGAGGCCGCUUCCUCUGCAGAGAGCCAAUCCAAAUCAAUCAAUAGCAUGCUGUUAUGCAUGUCACUGCAGUUUUAUUGAGCCUAUCUGCAUAUAAGGAGCUUUACACAGACACUAACAUGCAUGGGAGUUGUUGACCUGCAGACAUAUCAGCCAUUCAUUCAUGAUUGAUGAGCUUUUUUUUAUCUGCUUCCACUCUUUUAAUUAUUGCAUUUAUUUUUAACCACUAAUGGGGAAACUGAGGAGAUUUGAGUGUUAGUUUUUGCAGCAUACAUAGAGGGAGCCUUUCUCUACACCCCUGAGGAGGAAAGAGAUGAUGAAGAGGAUGAUGAUGAUGAUAAAAGAGGCCCAGUGACAGUGUUGAUCCCCGCAGCAGGAAGCAGAGGAGUGUCUCAAGGCUGCAGACAUGAGUCUCCGUCAACCCACCUCCACACUGGACAGGCUCAGCAGUCUGACCAUCGGGGACUCGGAGCGCAAAUCCUCUGCCACCCAGCAGCCAAUGGUGGAAAUCCCUGCUGAGAGUACGGGUACUGGUCUUGUCCAGAGAUGUGUGGUGGUGCAGAAGGACCAGCUCGGCUUCGGCUUCACAGUAUGUGGAGAGAGAGUCAAGCUAGUGCAGAAUGUCCGACCAGGUGGUGCAGCAGUCAAGGCCGGGGUCCAAGAAGGGGACCGAAUCAUAAAGGUGAACGGCUCGCUGGUGUCCUCCAUGUCCCAUCAGGAGGUUGUGAAGCUCAUCAAAUCGGGUCCGUACGCUGCUCUGACGCUACAAGGACCCCCUUUCGCCGCCUCUUUGCCCUUAGAGCCGCUCCACACUGACCUCACACCCAAUCAGAGAACGUCUCUCGGUGGGGAGGCUCCAACCCCUCCACCUCCACCCCUGCCCUCUGGACUGAGCAGCACCCCCUCCCAAAGAAUCACUGGACCCAAACCACUACAGGACCCAGAAGUACAGAAACAUGCCACUCAGAUACUCAGGAAAAUGCUGGAGCAGGAAGAGGCUGAACUGCAGGAGCUGCUGGAGGAGCAGUUGAGGAACCCGUCGACGUCUCUGGGCGAGCGGAUUGAAAGUGCCAAGAGGAGAGCUCACCAAGUCAGGGUCAAGAUUAAGCAAGAUCUGGAGGGAACGCGAUCAGAAUGCACCACAAGCUACGUCCAAGCAGGAGAAGGUCGGCUGUCGAUGGACUCGAGCGAAGGAGACAUGGAGGCCUUUGAGAGUCCCCACUCCUCCCCCUCAUUCUCCUUCAGGACCCCACAACACCGACGGCAGAACUCGGACACACACACCCUGUCCGAUUCGGGCGGAAAGGCCCAGAUUAUCGGCCCCGAGGAAGAGGAUGAGGAAGAUGACGGCUAUGCGUUCAAUGAGAUGGACGGUCCAUUCCAGGACAUUGAGUUGUUGAAGUCUCGACCGGCACACAUGGCGGUGUUCAUGAGAUACGUCUUCACCCAGCUUCUGGACCCCAACCCUCUGCUGUUUUACCUGUCGGUGGAGGCCUACCUGGGCUCCAGCCCUAAAGACGCCCGGGCGCUUGCACCUCAGAUCUGCUCCCAUUUCCUGGACCCUGACGCACCCCUGAAAAUCAAAGUCCGAGAGGAGUAUCUCACAGAUAUAGAGAGUCGACUUCAUGCCCAGGAGGACAUCAGAGGACCUCUGUCUGAGCUGCAGCAGCAGGUGCUGCCGGACAUCCAAGACCAGAUUCAGGACUACAGGAACAAGCAGAUGAUGGGUCUCGGCUCUCUGUUCGGAGAAGAAGACCUGCUGCAGCUGGAUGGAGACCCGGUGAAAGAGAGACAGGUGGUGGACAAACUGGUCACCACCCUCUGGGAAAUACUAUCGAAGCACGAAGAGGACAGAAGUUCUCCCCUGGCGUCGGCGGUGCACCUUUACCUGCGUCAUUCGGGUAUCAAGCUGAGAGACUCCAAGGUCUUCCCUGGUCUGAGCACAGAGAAGGAGAAGUGGCUCGCCUUCUUAAAGACGAAAAAGCUGAGUGGUACCAAGAAAGAGAAAGAUGGAGAGGAUAAAAAGAGAAAUCCCAUCCUGAAGUACAUCGGCAAACCCCGGACCACCUCCCAGUCCACAUUCCAUGUCCCGUUGUCACCCACCGAAGUCCGUCCUGGCAGUGUGAGGAACAUCAUCCAGCAGUUUGAGAAUCACACGGAGACGGGAGAGGAGGGAGGAGACGCUGCCGACCCCCAGAGGCUCUCCUCCAGCAGCCUGGGAGAAGACAGCAUGAACAGCCCUACGGUCUCAGUGCGUCUGGCACGCAGCGAGUCGCUGAAGGCUCAGGGAGAAGGUCGGCGGCGGGGCGUCGUCUCGGGGACGGAGUCUGUCCCUCGCUCUCGCAGCGACGUGGACAUGGAGGACUGCGGGGAGGAGAGGGAGGGGCCGGGCCUCAGGCUGCUGCAGCACAGCGCGUCCUCAUCCGCAUCCAGCAGCUCUGCACGGUCUCUAGAGAACCCUACACCCCCAUACACCCCUCGGUCUAGACGCAGGAGUGUGGACUCACCGCUGGCCCUGCUGCCGGACGCUGCAGCGCUGGAGGAGGAGGUGUCCGACGGUCAGAACUGGCAGGACACGGUUCCUCCUCAGCUCCUCGCCACGCUCAGUCCGAGGGAGGUGGACCGGCAGGCCGUCAUAUACGAGCUGUUCACCACCGAGGCGUCCCACCUGAGGACCUUGAGGGUCCUGGACCAGGUCUUUUUCCAGAAGAUGAGGUCUGUGCUGAACUCUGAUGAGCUGGCCUGCAUCUUCCCCAACCUGCCGCAGGUCUACGAACUCCACGCGAGUCUGUGCGAGGCGAUGAAGAAGCGAAGGGAAACCCCCAUCGUUCAGGACAUCGGGGACGUCAUGCUGGCCAGAUUUGAAGGUGCAGCCGGAGACGAGUUUCAGGAGCAAGCGUCGCAGCUGUGCAGCCAGCAGUCUCAGGCUCUGGAGCUCAUCAAGAACAAACAGCGUAAAGACCCUCGCUUCGCUCACAUUAUCCAGGAGUGUGAAGCGAGUCCUCACUGUCGAAGGCUGCAGCUCAAAGACCUGCUGGUGUCCGAGAUGCAGAGACUCACCAAGUACCCGCUGCUGCUGGACAACAUCAUCAAACACACGGAGGCCGGUUCGUCGGACCUCCCCUCGCUUCAGCGCGCCCAGGCUUGUUGCCGAGGGAUACUGCAGGCUGUCAACGAGGUUGUCAGGGAAACGGAACACCGGCAGCGCCUCAGCCAAUACCAACGCAGGCUGGACGCUGCACCUCUAUUCAAGAGUCUAGACCUCACCACUAAGAGAAUGAUCCACGAAGGUCCUCUCACCUGGAAAGUCAGCAAAGACAAGCAGAUAGAGAUUCAAGCGCUGCUGCUGUCAGACUGCCUGGUCCUCCUCCAGAGGGGCCCCGACGACCGGCUGCAGCUGAGGUAUCCAUCCCGCUGGCUGGGUGGAGGCGGAGGAGGCAGCGGGGACAGCAAGACCUCCUUCAGCCCUCUGGUGAAGCUGGACUCCCUGCUGGUCCGCUCAGUAGCUACAGACAACAAAGCCCUCUACGUCAUCAGCACCACGGAGAGGCAGAUCUAUGAGCUGGUGGCUGGGACGUCAUCGGAGAAAAACACCUGGAAAGAUUUACUUGAAAGGACCAUCUCGUCUGCUGGUGGUUCAUCACCCCUGAUCAAUCACGGAUCCAUACCUAUAUCCUCCCCGAGUCUACGCAGUGCGUCCCCAGUGUCGACUAGCAGCAGUGUCUAUGCAGAUAACUCCAUAACGGAGCAGUCAGAUUCCAUGGAGACUCAUUCCUCCGGCGACGACAUCGUGCUCUCGGCAGACGCAGCUACGGACCAAUCGGGAGCUUUCAUCCGGGGCGAAAGAAAAGCAGUGGGCGUGGCAGAGGCCGCUUUGCAAGACGUUGAAACACUAAAGCAGCUCAUACUACGAGAUUUGGAAGAGGACGGUUGGAGCCACGAUUCGGACGAAACGCCCACCAACGAGACGGCCAACGAAAGGGGCUCGUUCGCCGAGAGACAGCGGCCGGAGUCUCUGGAGACCGUCCUCAACUUCGGCGCCAACGAAUGGGAGGCGGAGCCUGAAGCAGAGGUUCCGCCCCCGGACGCAGAGCAAACUGGCAGCGUUCAGGUCAUACGGAAAGCUGUGGUUGCGGGUCCUGCUCCUCCUCCUCCUUCUUCUUCUUCUUCUGUCCCUGAUGACAUCACUACUGAUGUCACCCUCCCCUCCGACCAAUCAUCCAAGCCGAGAGGCGAGGCCACUACGCGGGGGAACACUUUCUACUUGGUCAUGCCUACAGAGCAGGGAGAGAGCGUCACCGAUGACCUCAACGACCCUCCCACCCCGACUGCCAGCCACUUCCCUCAGCCUCUGGAGGAAGUGACAUCAACACAGAUGCAGGCGGAGGAGGAAACGCCCAGCCGCGGUCCAGCGCCUCACCAAUCGGAGGCUAUGCAACAGGAACAGGAAGAGGAAACGGGCCAGUCGCAGGCCGGGCACCAGAGCCACGUGAUCAAAAAUGUGGAUGAGAUAUUUCACACCAUUGAGGGGUUGAUGAGCAAGUUGCGCCAGUUAGAGGAAAUCGAGAAGUCCCAUCACAAGCUUUUAAAAACCCUCAGAGAGCCGUUUGUCAGUCAGGAGUCAGAGGACCAACAGUGUUGCUCGGCAACCGUCUCCAGAACACCAAGUCUGGAUCGGGGCUCAGGAGACGGCAAAGAGGGAAGUCCAGCAGAGCCCAAGAUCCAGUCGACGGGAUUCUGACGUGGCUGCGGAGAGGCUGUACUUGCAGUCGCUCGGUCUUGAUUGUUGGCAUACGGACGCACUCAUAUGAACCCACCGUCAGACUCGGG